AUGGGCAAGCGCGCCCACGAUGCUCCCGCUAGACCGCCCAAAGUUCCCAAGCGCGCCGCCAAGGCCUCCGCUGCCCCAGCAGGCGGUGGCGCAAGUCCGUCUUCAGUAAACCCUUUCGCCGGGUGCCUGAACGCGACGGUCCAACACAAGUUGUGCUGCUACGACGACAAGAUCAUGCGACACCCCGCCUUUGACGGCAUCAUGCAUGACCAACCGACGGACAAAAGCGGGGCCCAUGCCUACAAUCCAGAUGGGGCCAAGAAGAAGCUCGACGCUGGUCAGCCCUACGUGGCGAGCAUCCCUUUCUUCUGGCUCAACUUGCGUUACGAGUCGCAGCCGAACGUGCCGAAGUACUGGAACCGCAUCGAGAACCUUCGCGGCCACUUCUGGCAGACGCCUAAAAGCUACCCAGACACUAUCACCGUCGCUCACACGCGGGGCGACGAGCUGCCGCACCUUCGGCAUGGUCAACUCCAGGCGGUCUGCAUGCCUGAGAUGCGGGACGCCCUGCGCGCGGCCAUAGGCAUGGCCGCCGAGGCAACUGACAAUCUCGACGCCAUGCGUGAAUGGCGCGAGAUGCUGCAGUCCAUCCCCGUCCGCUUCAUGGUGGUGGACCCGGGGCACUCCCUCAACGUCACCUUCCAGAUCUUGGUGCAGGGGCGGGAGGACCUGGCGGUGAAGCAUGAGAACAUGCGCAGGUCCAACCUCCUCCGCUCGUACGAGAUCAUCGACUUGAAGAAGCAGUUGGAGGAAGGUGGACAGAAGCAAAACAAAAAAUCAUUGGCGGAUUACUACGGCAAGCUCACCAUGGCCAAGUCCUCGGAGAAUGUGACGCCUACGUUCGUCGAGAAUUGUCUUACACUUCGCAACCAAGUGCUGAUCGUGAAAAACGUGAGCGACAUCUGCUUCCGCUUCGAUCAGCUGGGCAACGAUAGCCCCAUGGACAGCGUGCUAAAGUACAAGGAGGUCGGCAGCCAAUGCGACAAGAAGAGUACGCUCAUGAUUUGGGCCUACGAGAUGCUGUGGGACCACUGGCAUUGCACUGACGGCAAGGAGGCGAUCCCACUGCGUUUGCUCGAGGGCAAGGUCCAGGGCUGGGGCAACAAGUCCAUCAUCGAUCUCUUCGUCUUCAAGCGUGCGCUGCGCGACUCCCUGUGGAGGCGCCUUGAACAAUUUAACUGGGAUACCGAUGUGAAGACCGCCUUCAAACAGUUCACCGAGUCGGUCGUGACAUGCAGGAAGAGGUUCGGUGUCAUUCAGAAGCCCAAGAGGGAUCUCGACGGGGUGGCCACGGACCGCACCCUGCCCCACUCCUGGCCGCCCAGCGCCGGCCAACUGCUCCUCAUGAUGGAAACCCUUGUCUACGGCUACGAGUACGACGUGGCGAUGAUCAAGACCAUGGCCAAUAAGAGGACUCGCGAUGACUUCCUGGAGACCGCGGACGUUUCCCACAUGAUGUCAGAGCUGAUGAAGACGUACGAUGAUCAGAAGAAGGCUGCCGGCAUCGUCGACGACGCCGAAGCCGAUCCAACUGCAGCCGAGGAGGAGCAGGCGGCGCAGAACCUCAAGUUGGCCUUCAUCGCGAACCAGUCGACAAGGCCAAGUCGCACGCCCAACUGGCACAGCGUGGUCACCAUGGAGAGCGCCGACGUCGCCAAGGCCAAGUCGCACGCCCAACUGGCACAGCGUCGGAUGCGGUCCAACGUGAAGCUCGUGGCCGCCACGUCCCAAGAAGAGAUUGCGCAGUCGAUCAAGGCGUUCGAGGCGGGCCAGGCCAUGGGCAAGGGCAAGUCUUACGUAGCCAUCGUGAUCGACGCCAAGACUUUGUGCGAGAGCGGGACGCAGGGUAAAUACCGAUUGGGGCCCAGCCGUCCGCACCACUUGAGCAAGCUUCUCGGCGCGGUGGUAAAUGCGCGGGCGACGGGUGAGAAAACUCCAAGUCUACCAGCCAACGAUAUCAUCGUCGCCCCCGAUGGGUCCAAAGGCCAGGACUGGGAGGAUAAGAUUGUCAAAGCUCUGAGCCCCAUGAAGCUCGAGGUGACCAAGCGUUAUGCGAUGUUCUCCCAGGAGUCGCUCGAGAAGCGUCUCAAUCGGAUGCACGGCAACCACGCGCUGGAGCAGAUGGAGACGGUCCUCCUGCUGUCGUCGGAGAUGCCCAUCUUCAAGAUCGGGCCGCGCAAGCUGAGCCCGAAGGCGACCACGCGGGGCAACAAAGCGAUGUACAGCACUGAGAACCUGCCGCUGCCGGGUGGGAAUUGCGGCGUCGAGCACAAGAAGGACAAGGCCACGAAGGCGUCCGACCUCGUGCCCGCCUUCUGGCACGAAGGGCCUCCAGCUCUGGCCACGGAGGUGGCCCACCUGCUCCAGGCCACAUCGAUCAUCGAUCUCACCCCGGGCUCAGGACAUUGGGCAAUGUACGCAGUGCGCAAGCAGAUACCUUACCUUGGCGUGUGCUUCACUGACGCCCACGUCGAGUUGCUCUAUUCCAAGCUGCGCAGCAGGAUCCUCUCGGCGGCCAUGGACGCGAACGACCUCGACCUCUACGACGUGAACCUCUCGUCCCUAGUGACGUCCACUCGGAAGGACGCUACGACGCCCACCAAGGACUCCAGCGGAUCUCAAUCUGCUGGCUGCGUCACUCCGGUGGCUGGUGGGAGCACCCCCAUCGGCGGCAGCACUCCGGCGGCGGCUGUUGUCAAGGGCGCGGCGGACCGGCAGUCCUUGCUCGAUCGGAUCAACGCGAUGAAGCAGCAGUCCACUGCUGCGGCUGGCCAGGACAUCGAUGAUGAGGAGUGA